AUGCGGCGGCGUGCGCCGCCAGUGUGUCGUGCGGCGCGCAUCGGCCUCUGGUGGCUGCUAUUCUUCCUAUGUGCCGGCUUCUCGGUAGACGCGGCGUCGAUUGACGUGAAGAACCGAACGCUCUACUCGCAGAACACGGCGUACUGCUCGGUGCCGGGCCCCGUCCUCAUAUCCGCGCUCGACCUCAAGUACGACGGGAACCAGCAGGAGUUCAGCUUCUCGCUCGAGGUCUCGUCGUUGGAAAGCAAGGCGAACUUGGAUGUGUCCUUGACGCUGUACAUCUACGGCGAAAACUUUGUCGGGAUGGAUCUCGACCUGUGCACCAUCAUGGGUGGCGCCCUGUGCCCCAUCCCCUCGUACAACUUUACAGGCAGUGGCACGGUCGCUGUGCCGCCCAGCUUCGCGUCAAAGGUGCCUACGAUCGCCUUCAAUGUGCCGGAUAUCGAGGCGCUCGCCGUGCUCAAUCUCACCGAGCAGGACACGAAGCAGCAGAUGGGCUGCGCGCAGCUCUCUCUCUCCAACAGCCGCACCGUGCAGCUCCCCGAAAUCACAUGGAGCACCGGCGCACUGGCCAUCGCUGCGACGGCCACCGCCGCCGCCGCGACCGCCUGGACCGACUCGCUGUCCGCGCUGCAGUGGCGCGUCGUCGAUAUCGUCGCGACGAUGCAGUCGGUCGCAUGGGUGUCCAUGCUCACCAAUAUCGCGCCACGCGUCGUCCACGCUUUUUCUCUCUGCCUCGCAUGGGCCGUCGGCCUCGUGGCCAUCGAGCCCGUGCAGACGUCGAUCCUCAAGACGCGCGAGGCGACCGGCAGCACGGACGUGGACCUCAUGUUCGCGGGGCUCAUGGAGGCCCAGUACAGCCGCCUGGCCAACUACUACCCGUCCGAGAUGCUCAACAUGGACAAGAGCGCGAAGCUCGGCACGCUGGAUGGCCUCCCGCAGUUCGACCACGUGCUGUCGCCGCGCACACUGUACGCGCCAAACACGGGCGCCGGCGGCGAGAUGGACCCCGGCUCGCCACGCGCCAACGUCGUGUGGGCGCUGCCCAUGGAGCCAUUUAGCCAGGCUGGCGCGUUCUUCUACCUGGAGGCCAUUCCGCUGUCGCCCUACAGCGCGUUCCUUACCGUCGCCGUGUCGUGGCUGCUCGUCCUGGCCGUGCUCCUCGCGUGUGGCCUGUUGCUCGUCCCAGUGUGUGUGUGGUGGUACGGCGCGCCAUGCCCGGCGGCCAUGCGGCAUGGCUUCGACGCGUGGCUCCGCCCCAUGCUGCUGCGCGCGCUCGAAUGUGCGUCGCCGCCCAUCACCACGUUUGCGCUCUUCCAGUUCGUGCACAGCAACGGCUGGGUCUCGCACUUCGGCGCCGCGCUCCUGUGCGCCGCACUCGCUGCCAUCUGGGCCACCGUCGGGCUCCAGCAGUGGCAGCAGGUGCGCCGCCAUGGGCCGCGCACCCUGUACUACAAGAAUACGUCGCCGUACCGCGCCGAUUCGGCGGCCAUCCACUAUGGCUCUCCGUCGCACCCGUACCGCCCGCGGUACUGGUGGUUCUGGGCCGUGAUGCUCCUGUUCGCUGGGCCUCCUCAUCGUGGACGUGCUGCUCCUCGGGGUGCUGAUCGCAUGCCGUCCGGCCUGUGA